GUUCGUACUGGCUGGAUCUUAUGAUGUGGUACUGUGAUAGCACUCACCUUGGUACAGGUACCUGUAGUGCCAGAUACAAUUCAAGUUGAUUGUUCCAAGGUUCAGAUUGUUACAACUGUACAGUGACGAGUGCCUUGCAUGCGGUGUGGAAGUCCAUUGUACCUUAUGCGGCAUUCGCCACGUCUUGGCGCUCAGCCACGUUCAACAUGAAGUUCAAGUGUGGCUGUGAUUUCGGAAACCACUGGCAGAAUCCGACUUGAUAUCACAACCGCGAGCGAGCAAUUCGUUCCGUACGGCUCCGGACAGAAUUGACGUCGGCAAAUUAUUUCCUCAGUAGUAUGGUUGCUCCAUGAUGCGGUAAGAUUGACUUGGUUGAGCCAGCGGCAGAGUCAUCACGAUGAGCCAGUCUCGGCAAGAGGCGUUCCAGCGGCUACGUCCACCAUGUGUCGAGCUCAGCUCUACUGCGCUCCGCUUCAAGGCGGACCAAGCCUCUGUGAAGGCUGUGCUGCUUGCUCUAGAGCCAGUUCAUGAUGUACUCCAGUCACUGGGGAGCCAGGAUCUUCUCGACGAGCGCCUAGCCGAGUAUGCUUUCUUUCCUCUUACUCAUAUCUUCAAUCAAUCGCGCCGGCUCUCCCCGCAUGUUCUUGAAGUGGCCGUCAGAUGCGUUGAGACUCUAGUCUCCCGUGGAUGGCGGGACAGACUCCUCCCCGAAAUGGCCAGGCAGCUCCUCAUCCUCAUGGGACUUUUGGUCUCCCAAGACUCCAAGGGGCAACAAGAACCUGCUACAGAUGAGCUCAAGACUGCGUCGUUCGACUGCAUACGCGCUAUCAUCGUACAGGUUGGGAGAAGUGGGUCAAAAAUCCUGGAUGAGGUCGGUGACAAGAAUAUCGUGGACCAGCUGGUGUAUCAGCUACUCCAAGCGUUGGCAGAGUCCAGCUCGGAGGAUGUCCAGAUCAGUGCGGCUCAUGCCCUUGUAGAGCUGAUCUCCGCUAUCACCAAUUUUGCUGUUCUUGCUAGCUUGUUACCACGGACCGUCUCUACAUUGGUGAAAGUGUUGCGACCAAGCACCCAAGCCCGCCGUACGCGGAGGGUACUCGUUGCAUACUUAGAGCUCUUGAAGCUGAUCCUUGGUAAGACACUGUCGGACGAAGUCGUCAAGGAGAACGUCGACCAGGGCGGCAAGGAAACGGUAAAAUCCUCAGAUCAGCAGCCUCAGUCCAUACUUGACAAGUCGUGGCUGGACGCAACGACGCCGCAAGUUGACAUAGCACUAGUGCAAGUGGUCAAGCUACGGACACAUGAAGGGGCAGAUGUUGCGCGUGCACUUCUCGAUCUCUGUGUCUUGAUUGUCGAAGAUUGCUCACGGACCCUGGCGCGUUCCGCUCCUCUCAUGGUUGAGACCAUGGUUGUUCUUUGUCGAUCGGCAGACUCUGCCAGGGCGAAUGCGGUUCUGAAACAUCUCCUCACAUCACGCCCCGACAUAGCCGACAUUCUGAGUGGUAAAUUCUAUGACUGGGCCUUGGCUCUCCCGCGAGUGAUGCAAGGUCAUGAUGACCGACCGAAGCAGCAGAUGCUUGGUCAAGUGGCCACUUCAUUCGUGGCUCUGGUAGAUUCCUGGAAUGCAACCGAUGAGUUGAGCUCAAGGAUAGCAGCUACACUCGUCGACAGUGUCUCAGCGGCUAUCGGGCCAACCGAGUCAAAAACAAAGCUUGUCAAUGAAGCCCCUAGCGACAGUAUCUUUGACCUCGUUGAAGGACCGAACCGGCCAGGGGCCGAAUUCAAACCCAUAAUCCUGAGUCACCAGAGCCAGCAAUCCUCUACAAAAGAGCUGUUGAAGUUUGUGGGCAUGCUCAAGUCUCAGACAUUUAGCCAAGGGGUUACACGCAGCAUCAUCAAUCAAACGUUGGAUCCUAAUGUCAAUAGAAGGCUUGCUGCUACAUGGCUAGCUUUGGCCUUUCUUCGGUCGCCUAGCCAGGAUACCAUUGAUAUCGACGAUUUCAUUAAAGACAAUGCCUCACAAUCAGACAUGCAACUCUCAAGACCGUUCCUUGUCUCAGAUUUGUAUGCAUUGACACUGCCGAACCUCCUGCAAUAUGCUGACGCAAAAACUGAAGGCACUGCAGACUGGAGACUAGUGGCGAUGUCGCUGGAAUCUCUGACCCUGCAAGCCUCGCAGCUCGGCCGGUCAUAUCGAAUUGAGCUGAUGGAAACAUUGUUUCCUAUUUUGAUUCUUUUCGGUGACGAAAAUGCCAUACUCCAACACCAUGCAGUCACAGCGUUGAACUUUUUGGCAAGCGCCUGUGAGUAUAAGUCAGCAGCUGAGAUGCUGGUCGACAAUGUCGACUAUCUAGUCAAUGCUGUCGCGCUCCGCUUGAAUGCCUUUGAUGUGUCCCCGGAUAGCCUGCAGGUGAUUGCCAUGAUGAUGAAGUUGUGCGGUGCCAGACUACUGCCACACCUCGAUGAUCUGAUUGGCAGCAUGUUUGGAGCUCUUGACAACUUUCACGGUUAUCCCACUCUUGUCGAAAAUUUGUUUUCCGUUUUGAAAAUGAUGGUUGAGCAGAGUUCGAAGACUCCUGAAGUCCUUGCCAUCAAAUCGAAUAAAGGACCUGAUACAGACGGCGCUAUCGGGGUUCGGCUCUCGGCUGUAGAAGACAUCCUGAGCGACCUUCGAACGCGCCAGGAGCGGAAGAAGAGAUCAGAUCAGGAUAAUGAGGCAAUCACUGCAGCGCCCCAUCGACCGUGGACAAAAGCUGAAGAUGGACUCGGUAAUAAUGGUCCAGAACAAUCUGGGGAUGCUGAGGAUGACGAAGAAAACGAUGGGCCGCUGGAACAUACGAAUGGCGACAAGGAGCCGGCAUUAUCGAAAUCUCAUCAGCUGCUCCUCAACAUUGCUCAAUCAGCAGUCCCUCACAUGUCAUCGCCGUCUCCCAAGGUACGGCUUACCUUACUUCAGCUGCUGGAGGAGGUAUGCCCAGUGCUGGCGCGGGAGGAAAACUCGUUUCUGCCACUGGUGAACACUGUCUGGCCUGCAAUCACCCCACGGCUGCUUACUAAAGACGAGCAAAGCUCAUAUGAUAUGCCCUACACUGUUCAAGCCGCAGCCGACACAAUAUCUACAAUGUGUCGAGCUGCUGGAAGUUUCAUGACCAGCCGCAUCGAGGAGAUCUUUGGCGACUUGGAAGCAUUGUUCAGAAGGGUGUAUUCUACAGUAACAUCAACAAAGACGUCCCGGCAAAAACUUUCAUCUGCGAAUUCGAACCUGGCUGGAUUGGGGAGCGGAGCUUUUCUGGAUGUACGAAAUCUACAACAGCACACAAUGGCUGAAUCAGGAGGUUCAUUUGCUUUCAAUCAGGACAGCGGCGCGGUGCCUACAUCUACUAGGCGUAUUCUCGAAUCCCUUGUGGCAUUAUUCAUUAGCAUCUUGCGGUAUGUUCGGAUAUCAGAAGACAAUGCGGAUAAAGUCUUUACAUUACUGGCACCGCUCAUGGACAUGCCUGGAAAGGAGGAAGUCAAGGCCGCUUUGAAAGAAUACAACGAAGAUGCCGUCUGGCUCUUUGAGCAAUAUGGGAUCGUCUGAGUGGAUUCGGUCCUGGCGAGCAAAAGGCUACCAUCACAUCAUAAUUGACCCGAAGAACAUCUUGCCGGCUAUAUCACUGAUCAUCGGGCGUACCGGGCUGAGGAAAUGUACAAUAUCACACCCCAAUGCUGGCCCGUGCUAAGAGGUCAAACGGCCCAUAUUAUACCAACAUUGGAAGCCACAUGUUGGCAGUUGGAGAUGGAGCUUGGUGCCUUUCUGAUCGGACAACGGCAGUUUCUCGAGAGUAGCUUGACCGAGUUCAAGUGGCACAAGUCUGUUGCCUGCAAUUUGGGGAGUCUCACUAAGUCUCAGCUGUCAGAGAUCACGACGUGUUUGGUAUCUCAGCCGGGCAAGCUCAGAACUUGACGACCUGGCAUGGCCCGUUUCGAGAUCUAGACGAACCCACGAUUGCAACGGCGUCCACACGUCCAUGCGUGUUUGCCAGAAUCUUCGGAUGUUGCUCACAGGGGCCUUUUCCCCGCAAGGCUUAGUAUGCACGGUUCUGCUCAGGUCCUCGACAUUUGUAGUAGAUAGUACAAUAUCAUGAUCAUACCGGGCGGAAUGGGCACUCAGACUUGCUUUCCGCCUCGAAACUUUAUGUAUCGAAC